AUGAAGAGCGUGUGUCGCUACUACCGCCGACAUGGACCGGCUAUCUGGAGAGACAUGAUAAAGGCUGAUAACUGGACUGGCCAAUUGGAUGAUAUUCGGAAUGCUGAGGCGACUGUCCAGGAAGAUUCAAGAAUAUUCAAUGCUCUGGAGAUCCGGGGGCGACUCGGCGAGCUUGAUUCUGCGAGUCAGGUGCUCCGAGGCGAAAUGCAGGACAUCUGGCCGACAAUCAAGAAGCAUAUCCUUAGCGAAAAAGAAGAACGAUGCCUAAAGGAUCUCCGAGUCACUGAUCCCCGCGAUGAUAAAUCUCGAAUCGAAGAUACAAAUGGCGGCCUUCUACAAGGCGCCCAUGACUGGGCUAUAAAGCAUAGUGACUUUAUUGCUUGGCGAGAUGAGAAGGCAAACCACAUGUUGUGGAUCAAAGGAGAUCCCGGAAAAGGGAAGACGAUGCUUCUGUGUGGCAUCAUUGAUGAACUGCAACGACAGAGCAUAAAGCCAUGCUACUUCUUUUGCCAGGCUACGGAUCCACGACUUAACAGCGCGACGGCUGUCUUGCGUGGCCUCAUUUACCUUUUGGUGGAUACAAACCGGCAGCUUCUCUCGCACAUUCAAGAGAAAUAUGACCAAGCGGGGGCAGCAUUGUUCCAAGAUACCAAUUCCUGGGUCGUGUUAUCCCAAAUAUUCACCGAGCUUCUAAAAGACCCUAGCCUAGAAGGCCAGGUGUUUAUGAUUGAUGCGCUUGAUGAAUGCCAAAAAGAUUUAGAGCGGCUACUUGAUCUGAUCGUUGGGAAAUCCAUAGGCCCUCACGCUAAAUGGAUCGUGUCCAGUCGAAAUUGGGAUGGAAUUGAGGAGAAGUUGAGCACAAUCUCACAGAACAUUCGAUUCUCCCUCGAACUGAAUGAGCAUUCAGUCUCCGAAGCCGACGAAAAGACAGAGCUGAUAAUCCGGAAUUACUUGACCGACAACGCGAAAGGAACUUUUCUGUGGGUUGCCUUGGUGUGCAAAGAAUUGUUGAAACUUUCAGUGCGCAAACGGCACGUAUUGAAGAAGAUGGAGGAAUUUCCAUCCGAUCUUGUUCCUAUUUAUGAAAGAACGCCGCAGCAAAUUCGCACAUCAGAAGACUCCGACUUGUCGACUCUACGUCGAGAUAUGUAUAAUCUACGCUAUUCCGGUGCCCUUGUCGAAGAACAUACACUGAACGAAGAUAAAGAUGUUCUAAAACAUGCGAGAUACUCCUGUGUAUACUGGGUGGAUCAUCUCAAAGCCGUCAAUGAUCUGGAGAGAGAGAAAUGUAUGCUGAGUUUAAAGGACAAUGGCAUCGUUCACCAUUUCCUCAAAGAGAAGUUAUUGAAUUGGUUGGAGGCACUCAGUUUAAUGAACAAGAUGCGGGAUGCCGCAAGGAUUGUUAGGGUUUUGAAGAAGUUGUCAAUAAGAGAGGAAUACAUAAUGCGAAACCUUAUAGAAGAUGUUUUUCGUUUCGUCCUCGCACAUAAAGUUGGAAUCGAGCUGGCACCUCUGCAAGUCUACAGCUCGGCACUCAUUUUUAGUCCCAGUUCCAGCAUAAUUCGGCAGAUGUAUGAGGAGACUGAGGUGCCAAAGUGGAUUAUAACAAAACCAGAGAUGCCGGUAGAAUGGACCGCACUUGUUCAAUCCCUUGAAGGAAAAAAAUCCACAUGCUUUGACCUAGCAUUUUCGCCGGAUGGAGCACUGAUAGCGUCUGCGAGUGCAUUUGGAAAAGUGAGCACUUGGGAUUUGGAGACAGGUACACGCUUGCAUACAUUGGAGUGCUCAAGUGAUUUUCGGCUGCUAGCAUUUUCACCCAACGGCAAACUUCUAGCCAUGGGAUCAUCUAAUCUAGUCAAGAUCUACGACUUGUCGGCCUUGACAUGGCUACAUGGAUGUUCAUUCGGAAUUAAUGCAUCCGUUCACAGCUUGGCAUUUUCAUUGGACAGUACACGAUUAGCUGCAAGCUACGGAGACAAACACCGCGAAUAUAUUAUUCGAACCUGGGAUCUUGGCACAAGGAUGCAAUUGAAGACACACAAUCUCGGCAUCGGCACAUGCCUUCUGAAAAUCGAUCAACUCGACCAUCUCUGGGAUCUGAAUUUUUCGGUGACCUCUACUAGAGUGAUGACAAUGUCUGGUCUCGCACAUGUCGGGAUCUGGGAUUAUGCCACAGGCGAGUGUCUGCAGCAAUUCAAGCUUUACCCAAGCUGCGAAGCAUCCGCACUCUCCCCAGAUGGCAUGUCGGCCACAGUGUCAAUGUUUCUAUCCGAUAUAGAAAUAUGGGAUGUGUCUAAUGACGGGCCCUUAGACACACUUAUGAACACAAGGACAGUCUGCGCAACUGUGUUUUCGCCAGAUGGCACACAACUUGCAAUAGCAUCGUCGUAUUUCGGGGAAAGAUGUGUCAUAAACAUCCACGACCCAACCACUGGAAUAUGCUUGAAGGAGUUUGAACCUACGCAAGAAAGACAUAUUUAUUCUAUGGUAUUCUUUCCAGAUGGCAAGCGACUUGUGUCUUCGGCAUCGUCCAAAUUUGAAAUUUGGGAUGUUCUUUCAGGUGUGAAUCUACAGGUAAUUGAUUCACAACUUUCAGAUGAUUGGGUGAGUAGGUCUGUUCGAUUGACAAUCUCAUCGGAUGAUACACUUAUGGCGGCCUCGGAUCGGGGGAUGAUCCACAUAUGGCGUUUAUCCACAGGUGAAAAGUUUCGGCAUACUAUAGAUGAAAUGAAGGCCAGAUUUGGUUGCCUCUUUGACCAAUGCGUUGCUAUGGCAUUUUCACCAGAUGGUACACAGCUUGGUCUGACAUUGGAAUCCAGUGUUGUUCGAAUCUACGACGUGCAGACGGGCACAUGUUUACGAAUUCUUGACGACUUCUUCGAGCCGAUAUUUCACGAUACUAUUCGAUACCCUCAAUUGCGGCUUCAAGCCGAUUUGCGUAUUUUUGAUUACCGAGACUGCAUGAAGACUCCGCCAACCCAACGAGCUUUGAUGAGGAGAACGCUGUCUGCAUUUACGGUAUCGAGCAUUGGGACGUGGAUUAUGAGGGGCAAACAGCGGGUGCUAUGGCUCCCCCAGGAGUACCGACCAUCUACAAUGGAAGUUUAUGAUGAAUUUGUCGCAUGUCGGGCCAGAAAUGGAAGAUUUUCCUGCUUUCAGUUUGCUAUUGAUGAGUUGGACAAGGUGCUGGCGUGA